AGAACAUAGACAGACAGCAUGGUUUCAGGGAAUGGUCGCGCUUGUGUGACAUCAUUAGCGGAAGUGACGCGAUGUAUAAAAACAAUAGAAUGCAGCUAAGAUUUGCAACUGCAAAACUCACUCAUGAAGAAUAAGAAGAGAUAGAAAUGCAAUAAGUAGUUGUAGCACCACAAUGUCAACGCUGGGAAGCUUGGAGAGCUCAACAGAGAUGACAGAGGAGGAGUGUGUUAGUUUUUGCCUCUCCAGUAUGCCUGACAUCAAAGUAGAGCAUGUCAUGGACUCGAACCCAGAGGAAGGCCCAGCACAGAAUGUGGCAAUGGGGAUGAAGUUUAUCUUACCAAACCGAUUUGACAUGAACGUCUGCUCUCGAUUUGUCAAGUCUCUAAAUGAAGAAGAGAGCAAAAAUAUUCAAGACCAAGUGAACUCUGACUUGGAAGUUGCAUCUGUCCUAUUUAAAGCUGAAUGCAAUAUUCACACGUCUCCAUCUCCUGGAGUACAGGUCCGACACGUUUACACUCCGUCUACAACCAAACAUUUCUCUCCUAUCAAGCAAUCGACCACCCUGACAAACAAGCACAGGGGAAACGAAGUUUCCACUACUCCUUUAUUGGUGAACUCAUUGUCUGUUCAUCAGCUGGCAGCACAAGGGGAAAUGGUUUAUUUGGCCAGUCGCUUAGAACAGGAAAGUGUGAUAAACCUGACAGAUGAAGAAGGCUUCACUCCUCUUAUGUGGGCCGCAGCUCAUGGCCAGAUAGCUGUGGUAGAGUUUCUCCUUCAGAACGGUGCAGAUCCUCAAGUCUUGGGAAAAGGUCGAGAAAGUGCUCUCUCACUGGCCUGUAGUAAAGGAUACACAGAUAUAGUGAAGAUGCUUGUGGAGUGCGGAGUGGAUGUCAAUGAAUAUGACUGGAAUGGUGGCACACCAUUGCUAUACGCCGUGCAUGGAAAUCAUGUGAAAUGCGUCAAAAUCCUUUUAGAGAAUGGAGCAGAUCCAACCAUUGAGACAGACUCUGGCUACAACUCAAUGGACUUAUCUGUAGCCCUCGGCCAUAGAAGUGUUCAGCAAGUUAUUGAGACUCAUCUUUUGCAGCUUCUUCAGAGUAUCAAAGAAUAAUUGUCCGUUGUAUAUCAAAACAGAAGAUGUGGAUAGUUUGUUACACUUAAUUCAUGUAUUUUGUGUUUGUUGUUUUAGGACGUUUAAUAUAUUAUAAAUUCAGUAUUUUCUUUUGAAAAUGCAUUUGAGACAUCACCCAAACAAUUGGCUUCAAUGUGAUACUUAGGUGUUUUGGUACUCAAAACUGGCACUCAUUCCCCCCCACAUGCUGACUGAACCAAAUGAGCAUUGUGUUUUUGUUAUCAUACACUUAUAUGACAGAUUGUACAGAAGUUUUCCAUAUAAACAAGCUUUAUGAACUUUGUACAUUUAAACAGAGUCAGUAAAGCCAAACUUAUAGAGACAGUCUAGUCAAAAUUAGCCUUUCAUAAUUCAGAUAAGGCAUAUAAUUUUAAACAACUUUCCAAUUUACUUUUAUCAUCAAAUUUGCUUUUUUUCUCUUGGUAUUCUUAGUUGAAAGAUAAACCUAGGUAGACUAAUGUGCUGAUUUCUACGCCCUUGAAGGCUGACUCUUAUCUGAAUGCAUUUUACAGUUUUCACAGCUAGAGGGUGUUAUUUCAUGUGUGCCAUAGGGAUAACAUUGUGCUCACACCUGUGGAGUUACUUAUGAAGGGGCACUGAUUGGCUUAAAUACAAGUCUGUCAAAAUAACUGAAAUAAGGGGGCAGUCUGCAAAGGUUUAGAUAAAAGGUAAUAACAGAGGAAAAAGUAUAUUAAUAUAACCAUGUUGGUUAUGCAAAACUGAGGAAUGGGUAAUAAAGGGAUUAUCUAUGUUUUUAAACAAUAAAAAUUCUGUCGUAGACUAUUCCUUUAACCCCCUUAACAAUUGCGACGUACCCUGUACGUCGCUGAUCGUUAAGGGUUUUACAGGUCAUAAUAGCAUGGGUCUUACCACGAGCGUCAGGACCACCCUAUUAUGACCUCCCUUCUGGCGGCUGUCAUCAUAGAAUAGUGCGGCCUCGCCGCUGGCAGCGAGACCACGCUAUCAAAAUCGCAAUUCCCAUUCAAAGACUUGUCAUAAGGGGUUAAACUUUUAUGAUUCAGAUAGAGCAUGCAAUUUUAAACAACUUUCCAAUUUACUUUUCAAAUUUGCUUUGUUUUCUUGGUAUGCUUUGUUGAAGAGUUAACCAUGGUAGGCUCAUAGGAGCUGAGGAGUGUUAUAUAAAACCAUCACUGGAUCUCUGAGCAAGUGUUUAAAUGUUGGUGGUGUGCUCUUGCAGCAUAUAUGUAUAUGCCCCUGAAACAGUAUUGACUUUUGUAUGUUGCAAAAGUGCUUUUAUUCAAAAUUGAAAUGCCCUUGAUUAUUGUGGCCCUUUAAACAUAAUAAAAUAACAAUGUAGUUGACACCCAUUUAUUUUGCAUGAUAUUCACCAUGGUAAAUUAUGCUCCCCCCCCCCCCCCUUCUCCUAGAAAGAUUGAAAUACUGGCUUCUGCAGUUAUCUUGAAAUUACAUAAAACAAUGUCACAAAUUUAACUUUAGGAAAAGAGACUAGAAAUAUCAUUUUACCAGAGUUUUAAAGGAGUCUAUGUGACUUCUAUAAAAUAGCAAAUUCCUGAAAAUGUCACUAUUUGUUUGUAAGUGUUUAAUUGCUUAUAUCUAUUCAUAACAUUUUAACAUUAAAUAUAGGCUACAAAUGAUGCUCAACAGACUUAAAGGGAUAAACAACAGUAAAUACAAAACAAAUGCUAGACAUAACAAUACAGGUAUACCUCACUUUACAGCGCUUCACUUUACAGCGAUUCGCUAAUACAGCGCUUUGUGGAGCUGAAGUUCAACCGCCAAGGAUUAUGAAAUAGUGCUGUAAUCAUCGUGAGUUUGCGAGAAAAGUGACUGGCACCAUUUUGUUAUGCGCAGUUCACUCUGUUUGCAGCAUUACAGUGCAAUCUGUGUCUCAGUGCUAUAGUUUGGCAAAUUGUACUACAGUAAUUGUCACUAUUUUACAGGUACAGUAUUUAUUGAAUACUAAUUGAAUACUGUGCCGUGCUAGUGUUAAACUAAAUGUAUCACUAUUGCACCACUAAUAUAUGUUAGUUCAAAUAUGUUUUCAAGUUUUUAAACACACUGGCAAGUGAAAAGAAAGCUAAAACUGCCUUGUUUCAAUUUAAGGCGGUUUUCACUUUACAGCGGGGCUCCGGUCCCUAACCCGCUGUAUGAGUGGGGUAUACCUGUAUAUACAAAGCAAAAGCAUAGUAUGUAGAUGUGUUUUUAAAGUGAAGGUCCAUUUUCUUGAAUUAUUGCCCGGUUUUUAAUAAACCUAUUAAAAACAAGGG